AUGCGUCUCUUCGCCAUUGUCGCAUCGCUGGCGGCGGCAGUCUCUGCCCAGCAACUCCUCGUAUACAGCGACACAGCUCUCCCUUCGUGUGCUCAGCAAUGCACCGUCCUCCAGAAUGCCCAAACCGGCUGCAUUCCUCCGGCCGCUCCAGUCACCGACGCCGUCAUCUACGAGUCGUGUUUCUGCCAGUCUGGCUACCUCACCACCCUCAAAGCUGCCGGCUCCACCAUCUGCUCCGACGUGUGUGAAGCCGCCGAUGUGGCCAAGAUUGCUUCGUGGUACCAGUCCAACUGCGCCGACAACGGUGUCGCUGCUGCUGCCAGAGUCAGUGCCGGCACUACAACAGACUCGACAAGCACGACGCCUGUUUCCACGGUAGCUUCAUCAGCAUCCACGUCCACUGCAGCAAGCUCCAGCAGCUCCCAAGGCACAAGCCCGUCCAAGAAUGCAGACCCCCAACACGACUGGUAA